CGGAUUGCUUCUCGGGCUCUUUAACAAACUGUUCGUGAUCUCGAUGGAGGCGACCUUGAGCGCCUUCUUGGCCAUCGGCCUCAUCCUCGGGACCCUUAUCUCAGCCUUCAUGGUGAGACAUUUCGAUCGGACCGACUACUCCACAUUCGCUCUUAUCAUCAGUGGCUGGCUUUUUGCCAUUGGAUGCAUCGCAAGUCAAGCACUGGAGCGUAUGCAGAAUUUCUAUUACGGCCUGCAUAUCUCGUGAAGUUGGAUAUCCGAUCACAAAGACUGACGGAGCGGCCCGGGACGAGCUGGUAGCAGAUCUUAUUGCACAUCGCCACCGACACAAUAAGUUUGACACCCGCUCUUACGUCUGCGACGAUCUCCGCGAGCGCCUCAAGUCAACACAUAAGAUGCUCAGAUCGCCAGGAGGCCACAUUUUAUGCACGGCCUUCCGAGGACUGGUGCCCAUUAUCGAAAGCCUGCUGGCGGAUUUGGAGUCCGGUGCACUUGAGAUUUACCGCACGCAGAAGCCAUUGAAAGCAGGUGUCACAAAAUAUUCUGCAGUAUCGGCGAAGGUUGAUCGGACUACCUUUAUCUUCCUGGCACCCCAGAACCCGCGCCUUACCGAUCAGGGAGAUUUGAUGACCAUUGUAGAAUCAGUGAUUCACGAAUACGUGGAGUGCAGGGACCUGCCACAUUCUACAGCUUGUGCUGCCGAGCUCGUCGCUACGCCGAGCCUCUUCCAAGUAACUUCAGAUUGGGCGCACUUGCUAAUCUCCACGCGGCUAAAGCAUCAGGAGGUUGAUGACGCUUUGGCAGAGUUCCUGACGCUGAAUACAGGCAAUGUUAUGAAUGGAAAAGCCGACAUCGAUGUCAAGGUCGAUGAUUUGUGGCGAACUAAGCUAGAUCCCGAGGAGAAACAUUUUUUGAUAUCUUUGGCGAAGGCUUGGUGGUACAUCGUUUCUGAAGUCAGAGUGACCGCGAGGAUGCCACGGAGUCUGGAAAAGCUCAUAGAUAAACGACCGAAGCUGCUUUCCCGAUAUUUUGCGUUUAAUCCUUCCUUCGACCUUGGGGAACACAUCUGCGAAUGCAUACUCUUGUCGUUCGUGGCCGAGAACCUGCGAGACCUUUAUUCGCUUCCCGGAUCACGGACUGCCCAACCCGAUACCCAUGCCCACCAAAGUCGAUUGCUACGAGGCAGGAACUGGCUGCGACGAAGGGUGGACGCUGUGCUGGACACGCGUGUUGCCCUUUAUCUUGCCUUGACAGCCGACGAGCACUUCGGGGCCGAAAUCACCCAGUUUAGUGCACCGAUUCGCUGGAGUAUGGGAUGCUUGUAUGCUGUGAGCCGCAAGAUGCUCGAUUUUGCCCAAGACUGCGCAUUCUACACGGAUGCGAAGUACGGGAAGGGUCUCAUGAGUAUGCAGCAGGUGCUCAUCCGUGAGCAUCAUUUUGACAUUGAUGAGAACGACUCGAGUAGAUUGGCGCGAGUUGAGACCUUUUACGGGCCCGGACAUACCAUCAUCACGACAUUUCCAGAUUUCGACGGGAUAGAUAGGGAGACGGGCUUGAUAACGGCGGAACGAUUUGUGAUCCUUGGGAUGAGGCCAACGAAAUGGAAGCGCGGGAACGCGACCCCUCAAAGUAGGGCUUAUUACAAACCGAGAGUGCAUGUUCGAGAUGUCGCCCCGCAACUCGUGACUGAACACAUCUUGGAUGGCUCGGGGAAGGUCACCAAAACCCGCAUCUACGGCUAUCGGUCACCGGAAGCCGCCUUACCCAACACACGCACGAUAUAUGAAGGACAUCACGACCCAACCAGUGAUGAUUCGGCGCUCCAAAUCGAGCCGUUGGAAGUGCACAGAUUCGUACCGCAUGGAACCAACGCGGUCGUUGGGUCUUCCCUUCUGAUUCUGACUGCCAAGAACGGCGUCUCAUUUACAGUGACCGCAAAGUACGUCUACAAAAACCAUCGGAAGCCACAUAUCCCUGAAAGGGGUAUUUUCACUUGCAUUUCCGGAGAAGAUUGGACAUGGGAUAUUACUUAUUCGCCGUCAUCUCUGAGGCCGGGUCAACAUCCCAGAUUCUAUGGGAUCACCAUCAAAAGAAAUAACGCGCCAACUUCCAUACACACCCGUCUUGACUACUCACAUCCUGAGCAUGUCCGCUACGAGACAGUUGAACAGGCUCCCGGAAAACCACCUAGGUCCGUUCCGACUCCCAGUGAAAUUCUGGAAGACAAAUAUGGACUGCUGGCCAGGCAACCACCGCUGAGUUUCCGCGAAAGCUCGGACUUCGUGUCAUACGGGCUUCGUGCCAAGAAGACAAAAACCUCAUUCAUGGGACCCGUAUCACAAAUUCAGUUCUUCGCACGUGCCUAUUCCACCAUCGCUCAACGAGAAGCGUUAUGGGUUGCAUGGCGCUCAGGAGACAUCCCAGCGCCGUUCGCGCGAGAUAUUGAUGAGAGACUCCUGCGGAAGGAAAAACUGCUGAACGGGUAUUGGUGGAGAAGGGACUUUGGCAUGCGUGCAUCCGCUCAAGAGUUGCUUCGGUCGCGGAAACACCUUCUGACGACCGAAUUGCAAUUGACGGAUCAGGCGUGGACACGGACGCACCUUCAAUUACGGUACGGCGAUUUACAUAUUCUGGGCUGUGGCGGUGAUGCGGAGCGGCUUUCACCAGAGGAUGACGAAAAUCAAGCCCUAUUGCUAUCGGGCAAGAACGAGACAUUGCCGGUCAUGAAUCUCGACAGCGGGACCUGGCCCACGGGCGGAGGUGGAGUCGGAUCAUGUCGACGUGAUUUGAUUGCAGGUUUACCAAGGAUACGCUGGGUAGCCUACUGCGAAUUGGGCUCUGCAGAUCUGGUCCAGAAAGACUAUCCCAUCGAAAGGCACAUCGACUCCAUCAAGUACAUCCCACUAUGGGAUCUCGACUUCGGCACCCCGAAUGAGAACCUUCUGCGCACGGUCCCGUACACGCAACUACAGGCCAAAACUCGAUAUACGAGCCAAUCCAUUAUCGAAAAGCGAUUUGUGCCCUUGAUCACCAAGUUAGUGCAAGGUUGCAUGGGAGAGGAGCUCCACGAUGUGGACGGGUACGAACGAAUGUUUGUCGAACUACACGAAGUCGUCAAAGCCCAUGACUGGGUUACGCUAUGGAACAACAAGGCAACGCAAAAAGCGUGGAUCGAGGGUUGGCUCAACACUUCGUGGAGAUAUUUUGAAGAGCACCAGCUCCAGGCAGCAGAGACGCCAACGCUGCGGGAAGUCGAGAUGCUGUUCGAUCUGAUUUCACGAUUGCUUAUGGCAUUAUCGAUGGAAUUGCCAAAGGUGCCCGUCAUACAUUCGUCGCAUCACGGGAUACAGGCAAUCGUAGGCGUCAUUGCAAAAAAGCUGAACGGCUGCUCUCUGAUUGUAUGGGAUCAUGGGAUCCUGUGGAGGGAAAGACUUUUUGGGCUGUGCUUCGACGAGGGGAUGCCGAGGUUUGCGCAAAUCAUCUUUGCGGGGUUCAACCGCCUGGUGGCCAAAAUCGUGUUUGUGAGAGCUGACUACAUCACACCAUGCACAAGUAUACAGAACGUCGAUUGGGAAGCGUGGAUAGGCGGUGGCAAAGACAACGAUGAUCGUCUAACCCGCUCGCUCUACCGACGUAUUAACCCGGUUCUCAACGGUAUGAACGUGGACAAGUUCCGCCCAGAUUUCACAAAGUCCCCCUCGGUGCCCACCGCCGUGAUGCUGUCGCAUAUCUCGCCAGUCAAAGACGUCAUGAACGCCAUCAACGCGACCAAGAUCAUCGUCCGGGAGUUCCAUCUCGAAUCCUACCAGCUUCACAUUUACGGGUCGCCUCAGAAGGACCCUCCAUACACUGCGCUGUGUUUGCGCGCGAUUGCCAACUACGGGCUUGAGAAGAACGUGUUCCUGAAAGGCCUUGGAUCCCCGUCGGCGGUGCUGCCGACAGGACACGUGUUUGUCAACUCAUCGAUCACGGAAGGCUUGCCACUAGCGUUGGGCGAGGCGGGACUCUGCGGCCUGCCUGUCGUCUGCACUGAUGUCGGCGGGAGCAGGGAAGUCAUCCGAGACCCGACGUCCAAGAAGACGUUUGGAUGGGUGGUGCCGCCGUCCCGCCCGCGUCAGCUUGCGCUUGGGCAGCUGCGUGUGCUUGCCAUGACCGACGGCCUUGAAGGCGAGACCGCGUCGCUCAAUGAUUUCCUGACGGCGGACGGCGAGAUGUUGUGUGAACGCAUCAUGGCCCCGCGCAUCUCACAACUGCGAACUCAGCUGGGCCUCGGCUUGCGGAAUCGGAUCAUGUCGGUGUUUUCCAUCAAUCGAUACUGGAGGGAGCAUGAGCAGGUCCUGUGGCUUGGGGAACUGCAUCAGAAAGUGAAGCAGCGGAGCCUCCAUCGGGAAAGCGUGCUGUCGAUCGGAAAAGGGAAGCGGAGCAGCUUGACGAUAUUCUAGUGACGAUACAUCUCCCUGUUUCGUCCACUCAAGUUGUGCAUAAUCUUUUUCUCGUGAUAUGAUACCCAAUAAUGCCCAUUGCAAGACCUGGAUGAACACUCUAUUAAUUGUAUGUAUUAUAGAUAAAAGAUGAUGCCUCAGUCCGAAAGAACCAGACUGAAAUUGAGUG